AUGACAUCUUCCAAAACUCCUAGGACCCUCCCCGCCCUCCCCGAGGAGAUCUGGCGUCUGAUCAUCCAACAUGGAGUAACGUUGCGAGCAACCUCCGACUUCCGCACCUGGCGAUGCGACCACUCCAACGAAAUAAACGACCAACGCCUCCACGACCCAACUACCCGAUUCGACCACCAGCGCGAGCGGAGGGACUACGCGGCUAUGCUUCCGCUUGCUCAAACAAGCAAGUUCUUCUCUCGUCUCGUGGCAAACGAGCUCUACCAGAACAUCGUGCUGUGUGACUACCAUGGUAUCGGACGUGGCCAGUUCACACUCUUGCUACGAACCUUGGUCGAGGCCCCCAAGUCCCGCGAUCGGGUCAAGCAUAUCACGAUAGUGCCUUUCUUUGAUUGUGAAUGGCAGCCGAGGCCAGAGGACCCGGAGCCCCCAGCCGGCCUGAGACUCAUGGGGAAGGAGGCAUUACCUGUUGAUUACCAAGGGGCCGUGACCUUUUUGCAAGAGAAGGAUGUCGAGAAACUGGAUAGACAAGCCCAGGGUAUCAUUGACAUCGCUGGCCUUGAACUCGCCCAUGUGCCUGAGAAUCGGAUGUUCAAGGCGUCGAUAGGGUGGCUUGAAAGAGCACUUGCCGCCUUGGUGUGCCUAUCCAGUGGUCUUCGGAGCCUGUCUAUUCAGGACCCUCCCCCGAGCAGUGGCUGGGUACCAGGGUGCCCGCGGAUGGAUAUAGACGGAUUUGAGCACACCAUCCGUAAGAUCCGAAAACUCCCUAGCUCGUAUGUAAAGAUUUUCCAGCAGCUGGAAGCGGUGUCCAUAGCGACGACGAGAUUCAAGAACGACUCUGACGAGGCGUUCUCCGUCUAUUCAUCGCCGCUCCUGACUGGCUUUCAGGCCCUUGGGUUCCUCAUAAUGAGGGACUGGCAUCGCUUGGCUGACUACCGGUCAACCUUGGUUCACCUGGACAUCGGCCACCUCUACCCCCAACUCAUCAAUGCUAGAUGGGUUGGCCUCAAAGAAACCAACGGGGCUCGAGCCCGCGAAGCCAGGGAGUUCAGACGCAUUCUGUCAACCUUCACUCGUCUCAAAUUCUUGCGCGUCUCUUAUGCCCUCAUUAUCGGCCAGCUGGAAGAGAAGACCAAAAACUUCGGCGACAUGCUAUCCGAACUCCUCCCUCCGUCCGUCGAAGAUUUCCAGAUAGCGGUGUUCAAUCAUGGGGUGGACAACCGAUAUGAUCGACCAAACAUCGACAUGUCCGUCAAGUGCUUUUUCGAGGGUCUUGAGUUAUGGACAUGGGACCUCGACCAGUAUAAAUACCGGCUCGAUUUCUUCGCCAAGUACCGCAAUCUCUGGGAUAUCAGUAUACUGGUCCACCAGAAGGGCAACUCCCAGGACCAAUCCCAGUUCUAG